AAUAAAUGGGUCUUAACAAACUUAGCCAUUUAAAACCCAUUUAAAUAAAUGGGUCUAAAUGGACAUUUUUUUUUUUAAACCCAUUAAAAAUCCGCUAACAAAACCCAUUAUAAAAUCUCUAGACCCGUCCAACAAUGGAUAUAUUGGAGAUUAUUCUAGAUCCUAAAAUAUAUAUAUUUCCAAUAACCAUUUUUCAACAGAUUCAGACCGGGGUGGACAAAAAACCCAAACCGAACCGAUCCAAACCAAACCAACCGAAGUUAAACCGAUCCAAACCAAACUGUGCUCUUUACAUAACCCAAUUGGUUCAUGUUUUACUCAACCCGAAUGGUUUGGUUUGGUUUGGGUUCAAAACGAACCAAACCAAUAAUCCAAUAUAUUUUUAUCUAUAUAUAUAUAUAUAUAUGUAAACAUAUUGUAUAUUGUAGUUAAAGUUUUGUUUUCCAUUUUUUCUUAACUUCCAUAUAUUUUUAAAAAAAUCCAAAUAUGAUUCAAAUAAUCCUAAUACCUAAAGAUUGUACUGAAAACAAAACCUAAAAACUAUAAGCAUCUAAAUCGUAGCCAUCUCGUUUCGUUCAUCUUCUCCAAUUCUCAUUCUCUAAAUUAUGUAACAGUUAUUAUAGGAUCAAUAAAAACAAAAAGGUUGAUGCAAAUAGUAUUUUAGUUAAGAGGUUUUGGAAUGCUUACAAGUCUUUGUUACGCCAAUUAGAUUACAAAUAGUCUGCUCUUUGCUUAUUAUGUAUUUCUUCCUUUGACGUGGUUAAGAGUUUUGUCAUCGAACUUGUUUUUUGUUUCAUAGAUUUUUAAAGAAAACCAAACUAAAUCUAAACCAAACCGAACUAAAUCGAACCCAAACCAAAGCUACUUUGGUUUUAAUUGGGUUGAGUUUUAUAAAACCCAAAUUAACCAAACCAAACCGAACCCGAAACUAAACCGAUAUGCCCACCCUAUCAGACGUCAUGAUAUAAGUUAUACUAUGAAAUUUUGUCGCGAAUGUAAUAACAUUUUGUAUCCAAAGGAGGACAAGAAGCAAAAGAUCCUCCGCUACGCUUGCCGUAAUUGUGAUUACCAGGAAAUAGCUGAUAACUACUGUGUCCACAGAAACGAAGUUCAUCACUCUGUAAGUGAAAAAACUCAGAUCCUAACGGACGUGGCUUCUGACCCGACUGUUCCCCGAACCAAAGAUGUGCGUUGCGCAAAGUGUCAGCAUAGAGAGGCCGUCUUCUUUCAGGCUACGACUAGAUCUGAAGAUGGAAUGGCAUUGUUCUUUGUAUGCUGCAAUCGGAAUUGCAGCCAUCACUGGAGAGAUUAA